AUGAGUCGUCUCAAAAGUCACCUAGGAACACUUGGCAGCUGCAACGGAAACUCUGGCGGAUCAGGAGGAUUGGGGGGACUAGGAGCAAAUGGCAAUGGCAGCAGUGGCGGCAUCAGCAGCAGCGGGAUGGCAGCUGGAGACACUGGAGGAGUGGUGGGAGGGGGAGUGGUGGGAGGGGAUAUUGGGGGCGAUGGUGCGCCGAUGGGACCACAUGUGCACCAUCACGUGACACCUGAUGGGCGGGUAGUGGCGUAUGAGACAGUGCAGGACAGACUACUCAACGUGUUCCGCAAGGCUGCAGGCUACAUCUGGUCAUUCUCGCACACCGUUGCGCGCGUCGACGUGGUCCGCCCCAUCACCACCUCCCACCGCCGCCGCCGCUACCGGGACGAUGACGAUGGAAGGGGCCCCGGUGGCAUAAGCAGUAGCUACUUUGGUGCGAGGGAUAGCUCUCCUGUGUGGAGGGCGAGGAGGCAGGGGGGGAGGAGGCGGGAUGAAGAGGAGGAGGGGGGGAUGAUUCAGGGGAUUAAUCAUGGGUUGUAUGGAGAGGGGGCACGGCUGAAGCUGAUGCAGAUCUGGGAUUUUCCGGAUAAGGAGACUGGCAAGCCAAGGCUGCCAUAUGGGCUCAACUUUGGAGUUGGGGCGAAUUACGAGGUGAAUGGAAGCCGCUUGGAGCCCAAGCUGAGGAUCCGGACCCCCCAUGUGGCCCUGCACCUGCUUCCUGAGCCUGACAUUGAGGAUCGGGCGGCUGGAGUGCGGCUGCCAGUGUUCCACUUCAACUCAAUAGCACAUCAGAACAUGUGA